AUGAAUCCGAAAACAGUUUUACCAAUAUGCAUUGGAGUGUUGAUUCUAUGGCUGCUGGUUCUUCUAGGACUUUUUCCGAUAAGUUUACCAUCGUUUUUACAUCGAUUGAUCUUAACCGUUCCAUUUCUUGGCAUUGCUAUAUUUGGUUUUUAUUCAUUGUUUUAUCUCAUCUACAAAGUAGUGAAUUUGAAAGAUUGUCCUCAAGCUCAAAUCGAGUUAGAGCGUGAAGUGAAACGCAUUCGAGCUGAUCCAGAAUAUAGCUCGUUAUUCCGUGCCACGACAUCGCCAACUGGUCGAUAA